UGUCGUGGCGCUUGUUGAGUAGGAAGGCGAAAGUACAGCGACUCUAAAUAGAAGGAUAAGCAGACAGACAUUUGUUCUAUUACGCUUAAACUACGGUGGUCGUUUAUCAUAAUCAUAUUGUUAAAAAGAUUCCUGGGUUGAUAAUGAGGCGUGCAGGUUUGGGUGAGGGGGGCCCUCAAGGGAAUUACGUUGCAAGCGGAUACAGCGUGUACGAGGAGGAGAAUGAACAUCUACAGGAGGGACUGAGUGCUAAAGUAAAAGCACUCAAACAUCUAUCAAUUGACAUCGGAAAUGAAGUCAAAUACCAGAAUAAUUUGUUGGGAGAAAUGGACUCAGACUUUGAUUCAACUGGAGGUCUUUUGGGAGCCACCAUGGGUAGAUUGAAGCUCCUUUCCAGAGGAAGCCAAACCAAGGUGUAUUGCUACAUGCUGCUCUUUGCCCUGUUUGUUUUUGUUGUCCUGUACUGGGUGAUUAAACUGAGGUGAUCUCAGAACUGAUGAGAUACAGGACCUUGAGGAUCAUUCUUCCUUACUUGCCAUGCUCAUUUGGGCUAGAGGAUGAGAAUCUUUUGCAGUGAUGACGACUGAGAUAAUUAAGGAGUGUGAGGGUGCUCUCCAUUGGACAAUAGACAGAACUAUUGAGAGACAAUGCGCAAUAUGGCUUAAACCUGUCCUAACCCACCAAAAUUAGUGACACCCUAUUGUAAGGAUAAUACAAAGGUAACUUGACAAAUACUGUUGAAGAAUAUGGCAUAAUUAGUAUUCUCCAUCCCUUCUCAUUUUAUUUAGUUAUACUGGCCUGUUUAAUGGGAUUACUCGCCUACAAGUUUGUGCGCAUACAGUUUUAAUAAAUUAAAAGGCUAUAUCAACCAUUAUUAUUACAUAAGCACUUUGAAACCAUUUUAAAUUUUAACUGAAGUUGGGUAGUGUAAACCGUAUAUAUAUAGUGUUAAAAGGUCUGAACGUAAGAUUGUGAAAACCAUGCUGAGAUAUUGUAUGUGAGUUUAUGUGCAAAUAAUAUACUGUAUAAUAAUCUGAAAUCACCCCAAAAUCCUAUACAGUGGCAAGAAAUAGUAUGUGAACUCUUUCUGGUUUUCUGCAUUAAUUUGUCGUAAAUUGUGAUUUAAUUUUCAUCAAAGUCACAUAGACAAAGUAUGACUAUAUAUUGAAGUAUAUACAAACAACAAUGUGCUUAAACUAACAACACACAAACAAUUAUAGUCUUUAAUGUCUUUGUUAAACACAUCUCAUUGAACAUUCAAGUGCUGUGGAAAAAGUAAGUGAAACCUUGGAUUUAAUGACUGAUCGGUCCUCCUUUGGCAGCAAUAACAUUCACAAUUCAUUUUAGACAGUUCUUUCAUACAGAACUGCCUCAGCUCAAUCAUAUUCUUUGGAUGUCUGUCAUGAAGGGCUCUCUUGAGGUCAUUUCCCAGUAUCUCUAUUGGGUUAAGGUCUGGGCUCUGACUGAGCCACUCCAAAAAGUUAAUUUUCUUUUUUUUGAAGCCAUUCUUUUGUGGAUUUACUUCAAUGUUUAGGGUCCUUGUCCUGCUGCAUCACCCCACUUCUACUGAGCUUCCACCCUGACAUUAUCCUGUAAGAUAUCUUAAUUAACUUGGAAUUAAUUUUUCUCUAUGAUGGCAAGUGGUCCAGGCCCCGAAGCAGUAAAGCAGCACCAAAUCAUGAUGCUCCACUGUACUUCAUUGCGGUGAUGUUUUCAUGUUGGCAUGCAGCACCUUUUUUUUUUAAGCCAUACGUAGUACUGCAUGUUCUUCCCAAACAAUUCAGCCAUAGUUUCAUCAGUACACAAAACAUUCUCCAAGUAGCUUUGUAGUGUCAAGGUGUUGUUUGGCAAAUUUAAGGUGCGCAGCAAUGUUUUUGUUGCAAAGCAGCUGCUUCUUUCGUGAAGCAGCUGCUUACCUGUUUAAUGUUUUCUGUAUAGUAGAAUCAUGAUAACCAGUUCCAAUGAUUCCUUCAAGUUUUUAGCUGUCACUCUAGGGUUCUUUUUUUUACCUCCAUUGAGCAUUCUGUGGUGUGCCCUUUCAGUCAUCUUGGUUGGACGGCCACUUCUAGGAAGAGUAGCCAGACACAGUACUAAACUAUACAUUUAUAGACAAUGUGUCUAAUGGUGGACAAAAUAACCUUUCCAGCUUUAGCUUUUGUUGACAUCAUUAGCCUAGGGGUUCACAUACUUUUUCCAACCUACACUGGGAAUGUUUGAAUGAUAUAUUCAAUAUGUAUAAGAACAAUACAAUAAUUUGUGUUAUUAGUUAAAUAAGAUUGUGUUUGUUCAUUAUUGUAAUUUAGAUGAUCAAACCAGAUUUUAAGAUGAUUUUUUACAUUAGCAGGUAAUUCCAAAGUUCACAUAAUUUUGUCUUGCCACUGUAUAUUUCAGAUAUGUAUUACAUAAUUUUUAGAUGUUCUAGUUGAAGCCCUUUUUUCCUUCUAUGGUUAAGAUAAUGCAUGGUUUCAUUUUUAGAGACUAAUUUGUACAUACAUGUACAUUUAUGAGAGAAUAUUUACAUAAACAUUUCCUUAUGUUGCCAAAAGCUUGAGUCCUGUUUUCAUUAACUUAUUAAAUUGGGAUCACAAUGAGGGUGGAAAAUGAUCAUGUUUUGCAAAUAUAUGACUGUCUUAUGUCUUAUAUGACUGAUUUUGUGUUUAAC